AUGGACCAGCCCCGCAAACUGUCGAAUCUGUCGUCGGCUCUGGCCAGCAUCUCUCUACACAAUGGCGACGAUUACGUGCCACAAAACCAACAGCAGCAGCAACAGGCGUACGGAGGCCAGCCCAUGUCCCAGUACCAGCAACAGCAGCAUCAGCAGCAGCAGCAGGAUGACGACAUCAGCAUGAGCGUGUCUGCCCCGCGGCAUGCUAUCCCGCAGAUGCAGCAAAUCCCCAUGGAGGAACUGGACAAAAUCGCACAGUACAAGCUCAACUACCCGGACGACGGCAUCACGCUUUUCAGCCAUCGGUCAGCACCCAACGGCUUUAAAAUCGCUGUGGUUCUGAGCGAGCUGGGCCUCAAGUACCGCACCGUCUUCCUGGACUUUAAGAAGAAUGAGCAGCGAUCCCCUGCCUACAUUUCGGUCAAUCCCAACGCCCGAGUGCCUUCUAUCAUUGACCACGACAAUGAGCAUGUCAGUGUGUGGGAGUCUGGCGCGAUACUUAUAUAUCUGUGCCAGAAGGCCGGCCCAGACUGUCCCUUGUGGUCCGAAGAUGUGAUUGAACAGUCACAAAUUAACUCGUGGCUCUUCUUCCAAACCUCCGGCCACGCCCCCAUGGUGGGACAGGCCCUGCAUUUCCGAUACUUCCACCCCGAACUCAUUCCAUCGGCAAUUGAACGGUACACCAACGAGGUGCGACGUAUCUAUGGAGUGGUGGAGAUGCGGCUGGCCGAAAAGCGGGAGCAGCUGAUUCUGGAGAUGGACGACGAGAGCUUUGCCCUGGGUACGUCGGCAUUGUCCGAGUCGAAAUACUUUGACGAGCCCGUGUGGCUAGUCGGAAACCGCAUGACGAUUGCCGAUCUGGCGUUUGUCACCUGGAAUAACGUGGUGGAUAGAAUCGGAAUCGAUCUCAAGGGAGAGCUACCGGAGGUGUACAAAUGGACGAGGUUCAUGAUGGGCCGUCCGGCCGUCAUUCGGGCACUUAAGGGACAGGAUAAUGUUUAA